UAUUUUUAGUGAUUUAUGUUUUUUCAUAAGUUAUUUCAUAUUGCGCUGUUUUUUCAUAUUUCUUAAUAUUUUCUUAAUCAUUCGGUAUUAUCGUCAAUAAGCAAGAUAACAUUUUCCUGUAGUGAAGCUUCUAUACCCUUUGGGCUCUCUGACACAAUUACUUUUAACUCGGGUGGCUUAAAGGUCUAGUUACCAGGCCAUAAAAUUAUUUAAAAAAAAUUGUUUUUACUCGGGUGAAUCAUAGUCGACUGUUCACAUUUAAUAAAAAUUACGAAAACACAAGUUUUAUCUUAUCGAUUUUUCGUACUAUUUAUAGUAAUACCUUUUGUUAUGGAAAGAAUGGACUAUGAUAAUUAUGUUAUACUCGGACAUCAACCCUGUCAAACACGUGAAGCAAAGUUUUUAUGUAUUGAUGCUAUUUAUGAAAAACUUCACCGCCCAAAUUAUUAUGAUUUAGGAGGAACAUAUAUGGAAGAAAUUGGUGAGUACUGGUUUGUUACAAGAACGGACCAGAUUGGUGAAGUAUUUUUAAUUCACAUUUUUAUCACUAACAAGCUGGAAGGUAUUGUCAGCUUAAGUUUAAGUAGUGGUAAUACAGUUAUAUUUGAUAAAGACAAAAAUAUAGCAUUUCUGAGCCCCGAUUUAAACAAGUGUGAUUUUGGAAAGCUAGAAGAAUCAACUUUCAAGUAUGUGACUACAUACAGUUUUGAUAUUAUUGAAGUAGAUAUGCUUAAAGGUAAACAAUUAUUUAUACCCAUAUCAUUUGUUGAUAAAGAUGAAAAUGCUAGUCCUCUGGAGGCAGUUCUAGAUUUUAGCCCACUCUUGGAAGAACCAAUUGGAGCUGACUUUACAAUAGAAUCAGAAGAUGGAGAAAAGUUUCUUGUACAUAAAGUCUUGCUUAUGGCUCAUAGUGAAGUUUUUAGGGCGAUGCUAAAAGAAGACACUGCUGAGAGUAAAAACAACUGUGUGAAAUUAAUAGAUGUUAACAAAGAGGAGCUGCAACAUCUUCUAUAUUUUAUUUAUUCUGGAACUCUAAAAGAGGUGGAAAAUAUAAAUUUUUUUAAUAUGCUUAUUCUUGCAGACAGGUUUAAUCUCUCUGGUUUAAGAGAAUUAUCUGAACAUGCCUUAAUUCAACAAAUUUCCAUAGAGAAUGCAUUGGAAAUGCUAGCAGUUGCUGAUUCAUAUAAUUCUCAUUCAUUAAAAACAGCAUCUUUAAUAUUUAUAAAAAAAAAUAAAUCAGCCCUUGAAAAUACAAUUUUUGAUGAAAUUAAUAAUGCGGAAUUGAUAAGAGAAUUGUGUAAAUUCUUAGUUUCCUAAUGCACAUGUUUUGAUUCAUCCUAUCAACCCUAUCUUAUUUUCAAAAAAAAUUCAAGACAUAUAAGAAUAUUAUUAUUGUGUUUUUGUAUCUUGUAUUUGUAUGUUAUCUUUUUAAAACAGUAAUUAAUAGUUUGACUAACAAAACCUAUAUUAUAAUAUUUAAUAAAAGUUAACUUUUAACAUUAUGUUUCAUAUUAGUGGAACGUCAAGGAAGGUUAUGGGCGAAUAUCAAAUUUGCCGCAGCGUGAAAACAAUAAGUGUAAAAUAAUACUUUUCACUUGCGAUUUUGUUUGUGAAAUUCUCAAAAAAAUUAUUGCAUAUUCAAUUUUAUUGUACUUGUCGGAUCUCGAAUCCAAUAUCGCUGGACGACUUUCAUCCUCAUCGAUAAAUUCUUAAACCUGAUUUUCGUUCAAGUUCAUGAUAUAAGCCUAUUGUACAAAAAAACACGUGCGCGCAGGAUUUGUAGAUCGAUGAAAUUAUGCGUGGCCGCAGUGCGGCACGUUGCGGGAAAUUUGAAGGCGCCUUAAAACGUUGGGAAUUAUAUAUAUAUAAAUUAAAUGAUUUAUCCUUCUUCUUUUAUUAUACAUAUAUAUAUAUAUAUAUACGUAUAAUAAAAGAAGAAGGAUAAAUCAUUUAAUUUUCGAAAAUUCAUAACAUUUCAUAUGUGUCACUUGGUUGUUAAAUAUUUUAGAUUGGUUCUGAAGUUUUCAUAACUGUAUUACGUUUACGUAGUCGGUCCCAAAGUUCUUUCAUAAAUGGAAAUAACAAAAUUUAGUUAAUACAGGCCCUUAAGCGCCUUUUAGAGAAUGUUUUUUUAAAGAUGACUUCAGACUUUCCAAAUUUUUAUGGGGUUUGUCACAGACCUUCCUCACUAAGACCUGCCAAAUUUAACAGUCCAAAAGAUUAGGGUCCGGAGGAAGAUCAAUCCUCAUGUCUAGUUAAGUCGAUGUUUUGACGCUCAAACUAGGCUUGAGAGGCCUUGGCUUUGUGUGCAGGCGCAAUGUCCUGCUGGAGCACGAAGUGAUGUCCCAUAAAUACGGCAGAUCUUUGACAAGCCGAUCCAAAACCGUCUCUUGGUACACUGUUGCACUGCCUCCUUUUCGCAAAAUGAACCUCAUUUGGCCCGUAAUAGGACACUGCCAACCAGACCAUUAUUCAUGAUGGAUGAUGUACAUGUUGCACCAUCGGAACUUUAUUUCCAUCUUCUUCAGAACUCCUAGCGUGUACUCUAUCAUUCUGUUUAUUGUACUUCUCUUCAAUAUCAAAAUUCUUUUCGUCCGUAAAGAGGACAUCACCGUGUCGGUUUUUCACGUAUGCGUAAUGCGGUACGCGCUCUUAAGCCUUAUUGCUUUUAGAUGAGCAUUAAGUAAGUGCCCACUCUUUUUUUUUUUGUAUGCUCGUAGACCAAGAUUUUCAUUUAAAACCUUUUAUACUGUUUUCCUACUGACUCCCAUCUGCAAAGCCAUCAACUUUUGUUUUUGGACAGGAUUUCUUGCUAUCCGCGCCUUGAUAGGUUUGCUAUAUAGAUAGAAAGGUUGGUUACUGCUUGUGUUCUUGCGAAGCGUGGCUGGCCAGUUCUUUUCUUGUCGGCGAUUACUACGGCGAGUGGCCACAGCGGUGCAACGCAGUAACAGCUAUUCGGUUUUCUUUCAAUGUCCACUCCAUCGUGAAAAAUCACGGAAAGUGAUUGUUUUUUGUUUUAAAACAAUAGUCAAACAUUCAAAAAUAGAAUGCAAUAAUUUUUACCAUAUAAUAAUAUAAAACCAUGUUCGAAAUUUUAAAAUAAUGUGCCAGUGACAGAACUUUGGGACCAACUACAUAAUAAUGUAAUUAAAAAUUUUGUACUAAGGUUUGACUACAUUUUACAGAAAUAUAUGUAGGUGAAACGAAAUUCAACGGGUCAUCUAGUAGUUUAACAAAACUGUAAUUACCAUUGUAAUGAAUGAUAAUAAAUUAUACCAUAUAUAA